CUCAGGCACCCAGCGCUCACAGGCUAGCGGGACAAACCUCGCGAGAAGGCGCGGGAGUCUGGCCAACACUGAGGUCGGCCCCCGGGGCCGGAAACGCGCGGGUCCUGCCGGAAGUAGUGCUUACUCGGUGCACGUGGGCCGCAGAAUGGCGGCUCACCGUUCGGGCCCGCUGAAGCACCAGAAUAAACCUCAUAAAGGCUGGCGGCACCACGGCGGUGCGUCCGCACAACGGGACAGUAAAGGCCGUGUAGGACCGAAAAUCUUGUCCAAGAAGCUGAAGAAGCAGCCCAGCCGAGUAGACCAGAGGCAUCGCGCCAGCCAGCUCCGAAAGCAGAAAAGGGAGGCGGUUCUGGCAGAGAAGAGGCAGCUGGGCAGCAAGGAUGGCCCUCCUCAUCAGGUGCUCGUGGUGCCUCUGCACAGCAGGAUUUCCCUUCCAGAGGCAUUUAGACUGCUUCAGAAUGAAGACUUGGGAACAGUGUACUUGAAUGAAUGGGGAAACACCCAUACCUUUAUGCUUCUAAGCCCUGUUUUGAAACAUCGGUGGUUUUUCACAUAUGCAAGACCAGGAGAUCUGCAUACUGUAUUAGACAUGGCUAAAGUUGCUGACACCAUCCUGUUUCUCCUGGAUCCACUAGAAGGCUGGGACAGCACUGGGGAUUACUGUCUGUCUUGCCUCUUUGCUCAGGGCCUUCCCACCUAUACACUAGCUGUCCAGGGGCUUUCUGGCCUCCCACCAAAGAAACAAGUAGAUGCCAGAAAAAAGCUAAGUAGAACAGUGGAGAAACGCUUUCCUGAUGACAAGCUCCUGUUGCUGGACACCCAACAGGAGGCAGGACUACUGCUUAGACAGUUGGCUAACCAAAAGCAGCGGCAUCUUGCUUUUCGAGAUCGGCGAGCUUACUUGUUUGCCCAUGUUGCUGACUUCGUGCCUAGUGAGGAGAGUAACUUAGUGGGCACCUUGAAAAUCUCAGGCUAUGUUCGUGGGAGGACUCUGAAUGUAAAUAGUUUGCUGCAUAUUGUUGGACAUGGUGAUUUCCAAAUGAAUCAGAUAGAUGGACCUGUGGACCCUUUUCCUUUAAAUCCUAGAGUGAUUAAAUCCCAGAAGAAACCAAGUGUGCUAAUGGAGAUUUGUGCUACAGAUACUGCAGUCGACAUGGAAGAAGACCUUAAAGUUCUGAUGAAGGCAGAUCCUGAUAAACAGGAGACUUUACAGACAGAGGUUACUCCAGAUCCGAUGGAAGGGGAGCAAACCUGGCCCACAGAGGAGGAAUUGGAGGAGGCAAACGACUUAUUGAAGCAACGUUCCAGGGUGGUAAAGAAGGUCCCUAGAGGAACAUCCAAUUACCAGGCUGAAUGGAUUUUGGAUGAAGGUGGUGAAAGUGGUGGGGAAAGUGAUGAAUAUGAUGAUCUACAACAUGAAGAUUUUAUGGAAGAGGAGUCUGAGGAUGAGAGUGGCGAGGGGGAAGAGGAAUGUGAAACCAUGACUCUAGGGGAGUCUGUGCGUGAUGAUCUGUAUGACGAGAAAGUAGAUGAGGAGGCAGAGGAGAGAAUGUUGGAGAAAUAUAAACAAGAGAGAAUGGAAGAGAUGUUUCCGGAUGAAAUGGAUACCCCCCGUGAUGUGGCUGCUAGAAUUCGAUUUCAGAAAUACAGAGGCCUCAAGAGUUUCAGGACAUCUCCUUGGGACCCUAAGGAAAACCUUCCUCAAGAUUAUGCUCGGAUUUUUCAGUUUCAGAAUUUUAUUAAUACUAGAAGAAGAAUCUUCAAAGAAAUUGAGGAAAAAGAUGUUGAAGGAGCUGAGGUCGGCUGGUAUGUCACAAUUCAUAUCUCUCAUGUCCCUGUCUCGGUGGUUGAGCAUUUCAAGCAAGGAACACCCUUGAUUGCAUUUUCUUUACUACCUUAUGAACAGAAGAUGUCAGUAUUGAACAUGGUGGUCAGUCGGAACCCUGGAAACACGGAACCUGUGAAGGCCAAAGAAGAACUGAUCUUCCAUUGUGGAUUCAGGCGCUUCCGAGCCUCGCCUUUAUUCUCUCAGCACACAGCAGCUGAUAAACAUAAAUUUCAGAGAUUCCUGACUGCUGAUGCGGCCUUAGUGGUGACAGUGUUUGCGCCAAUCACUUUUCCUCCUGCAUCUGUGCUACUUUUCAAGCAGAGAAGCAACGGAGUGCACAGCCUCAUUGCUACAGGCCACCUGUUAUCAGUGGAUCCAGACAGGAUGGUCAUCAAGAGAGUUGUUCUGAGUGGUCAUCCGUUCAAAAUUUGUACUAAGAUGGCAGUGGUGCGUUACAUGUUCUUCAACAGAGAGGAUGUGAUGUGGUUUAAGCCUGUGGAACUGAGAACCAAGUGGGGCCGCAGGGGACACAUCAAGGAGCCUCUAGGUACCCAUGGCCAUAUGAAGUGCAGUUUUGAUGGGAAGCUAAAAUCUCAGGAUACAGUAUUAAUGAAUCUCUAUAAGCGAGUUUUCCCCAAAUGGACUUAUGAUCCAUAUGUACCAGAGCCAGUACCGUGGGUGAAAAGUGAGUUCUCAGCAGCAUCUGAAGUGGACAUGGAAUAA